GAGCGGAGCGGCCGGAGGGAGGGAGGCUGGCUGUCGGCUCCGGGCUGUUUCCAGUGGGGAUGCUGACGGGACGGGACUCGCCGCCGCGGCUCUGAGUGCCUCGUCCCCCCGCAGCGGCUCCGGCUCCCCCCGGCUGCGGCGAGUCCCCCCGGCGGGGCCCCCCCGUCCCCGGGGCCGCCGCUGGCGAUGACCGGAGAGAAGCUGCGCUCGCUGCGCAGGGACCACAAGCCCAGCAAGGAGGACGGGGACCUGCUGGAGCCUGGCGAGGAGGAGGCGGCGCCCGCGCCCGGAGGCGUCUUCACGGGGGGCCGUGGGGGCAGCGGCAAGGGCGGCCGCGCCGGGGGCCACCGCAUCUUCAGCAACCACCACCACCGGCUGCAGCUGAAGGGGGCCCCGGCGGCCCCCGCCACCCCGGGGGGAGUCAGCCCCGCCGCGGAGGCCGACAAGUGCCCAGGGCACUUCCCGGUGCACGAGUGUGUCUUCAAGGGGGACGUGAGGCGGCUCUCGGCACUGAUCCGCACGCAGGGCAUCGGCCAGAAGGACAGUCACGGAAACACUCCGUUACAUCUUGCUGUGAUGUUGGGACAUAAAGAAUGUGCACACUUGCUUUUGGCCCACAAUGCUCCAGUAAAGGUGAAAAAUGCUCAGGGAUGGAGUCCUCUUGCAGAAGCCAUCAGCUAUGGAGACAGACAAAUGAUUACAGCACUCCUAAGGAAGCUGAAGCAGCAGUCCAGGGAAAGUGUUGAAGAAAAGCGACCUCGAUUAUUAAAAGCCCUGAAAGAGCUAGGUGACUUCUAUCUAGAACUUCACUGGGAUUUUCAAAGUUGGGUGCCUUUACUUUCCCGAAUUCUGCCUUCCGAUGCGUGUAAAAUAUACAAACAAGGUAUAAAUAUCAGGCUUGACACAACUCUCAUAGACUUUACUGACAUGAAGUGCCAACGAGGGGAUUUAAGCUUCAUUUUCAAUGGUGAUGCAGCACCCUCUGAAUCUUUUGUAGUUUUAGACAACGAACAAAAAGUUUACCAGCGAAUACAUCAUGAGGAAUCUGAGAUGGAAACGGAGGAGGAAGUUGACAUUUUAAUGAGCAGUGAUAUUUAUUCAGCAACAUUAUCAACCAAAUCAAUUACCUUCACGCGUGCCCAAACAGGAUGGCUUUUCAGAGAAGACAAAACAGAAAGAGUAGGAAACUUCUUGGCAGACUUCUACUUGGUCAAUGGACUUGUUUUAGAAUCUAGGAAAAGAAGAGAACAUCUCAGUGAGGAAGAUAUUCUUCGAAAUAAGGCCAUCAUGGAAAGCCUGAGUAAAGGCGGUAACUUGAUGGAACAAAAUUUUGAGCCUGUCAGACGACAGUCCCUUACUCCACCUCCACCCAACACAAUUACUUGGGAAGAAUACAUAUCUGCUGAAAAUGGAAAAGCUCCUCACCUGGGUAGAGAGCUGGUCUGCAAAGAAAGCAAGAAAACAUUUAAAGCCACAAUAGCCAUGAGCCAGGAAUUUCCCUUGGGAAUUGAAUCAUUAUUGAAUGUUUUAGAAGUAAUUGCACCCUUCAAGCACUUUAACAAACUUAGAGAAUUUGUUCAGAUGAAGCUUCCACCAGGCUUUCCCGUAAAGCUAGACAUACCUGUGUUUCCCACCAUCACGGCCACUGUGACGUUUCAGGAGUUUCGCUAUGAUGAGUUUGACGAAUCCAUCUUCACUGUUCCUGAUGACUACAAGGAGGACCCCAGCCGUUUUCCUGAUCUCUAAUUUAACUGGAAAGUUAAUAACAAUACCAGCAUACCACAGUGAAAGCAAGUGGAUGCAAAUAGCCCACAGAUAUAGUUAUAGAAGUGGGUCAAAAUGGAAGGGAUAAACUUUUUUUAAAUGAUCCAGAAGAAAAGGGAACACAUGUAUGACUGAUGUACUGAAAUUCACUAUAAUGGGCAUCUAAUCAGUAUCUGAAUUACAGCAAGUCUGAUGUGUCAUUUACACUUUUAUACAUACAGUGCUGCGAGAUAGUUUGACACCUCAGUUGCUCUAAGGAUACUUUAACAGCUGUGAGGACUGUCAUUUGUUUAUAAAUUUUUUACAUUUGUUCUUGGUGAUACAAAAAGCACUCUUGGACCAUUAGCGCAAAAACUGAAAUGUCUUAGCUGGAUAUUAGCCCUUUAAACAUCUCACCUUACACAAGGUGACCUUAUAAUAUUCUUUCAAGCUGUUUUCAUAAAUUGUAAACUAUGUAACAUUAUGUAUAGUUCAGUAAUUUGAAUGUUAGUUGAACGUAUAUUAGAAGGAAUGCAUUUUCUGUAGAUGAAUGAACCAAAUGGUAACCAUUACACAAUUGCAUUUACACAUUGCAAUACACUUCAGAAAUAGCAUUCACUCUGCAGGGAAUAAGGUACCUCCUUUAGCACCUUAGUGCAAUCCAUUGUGGUGCUAUUCAUGUUUUUAUCUGAACUGUUAAUUUUUUCACUGCAAGUUGUUUACUAAUUUUCCUUUCAAAUAAUUUGCAAAUACUCUGUCUCCCCACCCCCUCACCUCUCUGCUAGUUUAAAAAUCCUUGCUGUGUUCAUGAUAUGGUGUUGAUUAGCAUGCUUGGAGAUUCUUUAUCUACCUAGAAAUUGCAUCACUUGCAUUAUUUUACUUUUGGUUAGGAGACUUGCUCCAUACUAGCUGAACAUCAAUCAGGCUAUGAUGUGGAGCAGCACACUGGAACAUAUUGGAUGCAUCAAGACACAAUCUCAGACAUUAGAGAGGUUAAGUGAAAUAAAACUUAUAUCUUGAAAACCUAGUGUAAUUGUAGGGCACAUUUAAUAGGAUUCACAAUGGAAAAAUUAAAAAUGUGCACUUUUCCGAUACUUAAUGUGUAACUUCAGUUUCUUCCUUUUGCCAUAUAAUAGAGUAUGUUUAUUUUUUAAAAUAGGCUUUAAAAUCAGGAAUUGUUUUGGCUUCUUUAACUUAUUCAUUCCACUGUCCUAAAUUUGAGGGUAAUCUAGCUUUGUUUUGCAAGAAUGUGUGCAGCUGGCUGUUAGUGCUAAUUGUUCGUAUGAGAUUUAGCUGUGGUGCGAGUGUCCAGAAAUGUCAGUGUUCAAAAUUUUGAGCACCCCAGCUAAACUACUUUUUCUAGAAACCAAUACAGUAAAUGUUAAACUUGAAUAUCUAUAAUGAACCAUCAAUGCUUAGUAAAGGUAACCAAUCUUACUCAUCAGGUGGAAGAUGAAAUCAGACAGGUAAAUCAUGAUACAGUAAAAGCAGACUUGUCAGCCACAUUGAUUUUAUUGGGAAAUGGUUAAAGUAGAAUUCUUUCAAAGGGCGUUGGCCCUGUCUGUAUAAAAUCCAAAGAGGCUGCCCGAGAGAGUUACAAUAUCCGCAGUUUAAGGAGUCCUAUCCCCUCACCCUCAAUAGCAGUUGACUAAAUGGACUGACAGGAGGAAAUAAGGAUGGUUGCUCCAUUCCAGUAGCAUUUUAAAUCUGUAAAAGGUUAACACUUGCAUAUCUACAUUGCAGUUUGGUUACUGAUAUGCUAGAGAGAAACUGAUCAGUUCUGAAUGAAUAUAAAAAGCACUAGUGAAUUGUAAAAUUGUUGUAGUUAUUCCCAAAGUACCUAACCAAUCACAGAUGUUGAACAUUUAGUAGGAGUGAUGAGUUGUUCUUCCAGCUAAUUAUGAGUCCCUCAGGUUUGACAUUGAUUACAUGAAUUGGUACCUACCUUGCAUCCUCCCUUGGCAUCAGCUGAAAUCCUUAGCAAUAAGUGAGAGAGAAUUAUCUUGUCUGCUCUGUAGGUCAAGGUUAAGCUUCUGUAGGGCCCAUUGUAGGAACUUACAAUGCCACCCUAGCUAUAACUGUUCUAAGGAUAAAUGGUGAGAGGCCUUCAGUAUCCAGUGCUGUCAGUCCAGCAUGGGUGACAAACCCUAAACCUAUUCCUACAAUAUUUGUAUUUCUGAAACUAAUGGAUACACCUCCCAACUUCAGUACUUAACUGUGUGGCAAUUUCAGCAAAGACAAAUUGGGAUGUUUCUCAAUGACAGAAAUCAAGAGUUGAUUAAAUCUUCCUUAGUAUUACAAGAAAGGAACUAGUACUUUGAUGUAAAAAAACAAACCAAUGCACAAGCCUGUAUCAUAAAAGCUGCACCCAUAGGAAGAGAUUCUGGAAGCUGAGUUUUAUAUUAAAGGCAAUAUAACUGGAUUGGGGGGUGGGAAUGGAUUUUUUUUUUAAAUAAGCCUUGAGACAAAGUAGAGGGUACAAUCCACCUGUGGUAUGAGAGAUCAGUAGUGGGCCUGAAGAGAGGACUACCUUUUCCUCUAAUGACCUGUUUGAUUUAAAACUCAUUGCAGUCUAUGGAAACAUAUCAUCAAUGGGCUUUGGACUAAACCUUACGAUAUACAAUUAGGAAUCAUUUGACUGUAACCAGCUUUUGUUUCAGAACAGUUGCUAUUAGAUUCCAGUGACAGCCUCAAUCAAAUUUUAAGUAAGAAUUAGCACAGUUGCUUGCAUCUCAAAUCCUUUGGGGAUACUAUAAUCUGGCUUGACAUUUCCAGUGAUGAAUUUAAAAACACAGCUAAUGAAAUGUGCGCUUUAAGAGCAGCUUCCUAAAUAAUACACAGAAGGCAUAAGUCUUAGCAAAUGAGGGAUGAUGUGUGAGUACAGGAGAUCAGUGUUGUAGACCAACAUCUAUGGUGUAGCAGGAGUGAGCUGGCAGAGCUCUCUUUUGGUUCCCUCCUGCCAUGUAAAGGAUAAUUUUGUCCCCUCUAGAGAGAGUAUGCAGCCACAGUACUUUUACAGAAUGCAUAUACCACAGCUUGCUUCAGCAGCAUAACAAUGAACAUGUCGUGUAAUAGUUUGAAAACUUUACAUAUGCAUGUAAAGGGAUUUGCUACAAAAAGAUACCCUGGAAUGUGAAAGGCAGUUAUCUGAUUGUUUUAAAAUGCAUGAAAUUUCUGGAAGUAAGCUAUUUGUAUAAUAUCAAUCAUUGCUUAGUACUGCUGGGAAAACAACAAAAAUGUUAAUCUUCUGCUAUCAUGGACAUUCUAAAUCUAAAAUACUCAAGAUUUGGCGAUGCAAGUUAUGAAUAAUUCCAUGUCCAUUUGAAAGUCAAGCUCUUGAAAUUAAGAUUCCUCACUGCGUGGGGAGGAGCAAUCUCAGAGCAAGAUUGAAGAAAGCCUAAAUGUGAGGUACUUUUUAAAAGUUAGCAGUUGGAUCUGGCCCUAUUUCUUAGUGGUGAUUGAAAUGUUUGAUUCAGUAUAUUUAAAAAACAGCCAUUAAGUCUCAAACUGAAAAAGAAUGUUUGUAAAGUCCUAGAACUGUUCCUUAACCAAACUCAGUUUUACUGGUCUUCCAAAACACCUCUUUAAUUUGUGGUAAAGGGAAUGCAUUUUAUUUUCAAGUAGCUGCUGUUCCAGUCACUCUAUUCACUUUUAUAACUGCGGUUCUUGACACAUGUACUUAUCAAAUUGAUUGUUACAAAACUGUUGAUAUAUUUUCCUGGAAACCCACCUUAAGUUUGGUAAUAUAUUCAAAGCAACUGUCAAUUUUUAAAUGUACUUGUUUUUUUAAUUCAUGUAAGGAUAAUUACAUUAUUUAAACUUUAACAAAUCUCCUGUAAUGCUGCAGAGUCAUUUAUUUUCUUUAGACAUUUGUAAUUAUCAUGGAAACUUAAGGUCACUUUUUUGCAUUUUACUAUUUGUGUGGUCUGUGUUCUUAACUCACCUUCACUAAUAGUAAUUUUUAGGUUGUAUCAUCUGUUAGAAUAAAGAC